CUUUGGUGAAAAAUGUGUUUGUUUUCUAUUUUUUAAUUUAGCUAGCAGAAGCUAAAGGAACGUUAAUUGUCAAUAGUCAUAUGGUCGAGUAAAGCUUGUUAUGUUAGUUUUUGAAGUGUGAAAUGAGUUCAGAAAAUCCCGAUGGCGUUCAAGAAGAGAAUAGGAGAAAUUCGCAGCAGCAGAAACUACCACACAAAGAAAUUUUACAGAUUUUGGUUUCCAGGGGUAAUGAUGACCCUAAAAAAAUAUCUGUGUUUUCAAACUUCAAAGAAUUUAUUUGCGGAUGGGGUGCAGCGUUUAUUAACGUAUCAGUGACAUAUCCUGUAAACAAGUUAAUUUUCAGGCAGAUGAUACACAACAUCGGCGUGAACCACGCGGUGAGCCAGCUGUCCAGCGAGGGGGCGUACUUCCUGUACCGCGGGAUCCUGCCGCCCCUGUGCCAGAAGACGGUCGCGCUGUCGCUCAUGUUCGGCGUCUACGAGGACUGCCGGAGGGCGCUGGUGGCAGCGCGGGCGCCUGAACUGGCCGCGAGGACGGGCGCUGCCGUCGCCGCCGGCGCGGUCGAGGCCUGCAUCAUGCCGUUCGAGCGGGUUCAGACGCUGCUGCAGGACCACCGGUUCGACCGCCACUUCAGGAACACGGUCCACACCUUCCGGGUCGUCGCCGCCGACUACGGCCUCUCCGAGUUCUACCGGGGGUUCGUCCCCGUGCUGUUGCGCAACUGCGGCGCCAGCACGGUGUUCUUCGUGGCCCGCGACGAGGUGAAAUCCCUGUUCCCGGCGAGUGGAACGUGGUGGGGUGAGAUCUCGGAGUUGUUUGUCAGCGGAGCUGUUAUCGGGGCGGCGGCGAGCACAAUUUUCUAUCCGUUCAACGUCAUCAAAGUACACGUGCAGAGCAAGCUGGGAGGAAAAUUUGAAAGCACCAUCAAGUUCACUAUCCAAAUGGUACGCGAACACGGCGUUAGAAGUUUGUAUAGGGGCGUACACCUUAACUACACACGGGCUUUUGUCAGUUGGGGCAUUAUCAACGCAUCCUAUGAAUACUUGAAAACUGUAAUUUAGUAUGGCAGAUGUAAAUAUGUGAUUAAGAAUGAGAAGAAAAUAUUAUUUUUAUGGGUUUGUUUGUUCUGUCCUCUGCAAUACGCUGUGACAUAUUACUACAAUCAUGUGAUCAGUAUUUGUAAUGUACAUGUAAUUCCAUAAAUGUGGUGCUUAGACAAGAGGACUUGUUUAUGUGAGGAUUGCCUUUAGGUAAGAACCUAAGAUUAAGUUUAUAAUAAACUUGGGGGCUGUGUUUUGCUUUAGCUCAGAUUUGAGUAAAAGGAUAUAAAAGAAUAAAAAUCGUGUUUUUAAGUAUUCAAAAAAUACAUAUUUCAGUACCUAUCAGGAAUUUAGGUAAAAAUAAAAAUGUUAAGCUUGUCUUGUAGGUGUGGAAAUUGUCACUAGUUGGUAUGUUUCAAAAUGUUUGACAUGUACUUCUCAAACCAUAUAACUUUUUAGCUUUUUAGAGCAUAUACAGUUAUACCAAUCAGGGAUGUGUCUGAUGCAUAAGCAAAAUGUUGGAACUAUUUGAUUUUCACUACAUGGGAACAUUUAAAGAAUCAGUAUAUUUACAGAUUUUCAUAAUUUCAACAUUUCCUAUUAUUUCACUUGUAAAAUUUACAGUAGCAAUCUCUCACCAAUUGUGUAGGUUUUUUUGUUAAUUAAUUAAUUAAUUUUCAAUUAGACUUACUACUUCCAGAAAUAUUCAUUACCUAAUAUGUUUUAACUGUGUAUUAUAACUACAAUGCCAGUGUCAUCACAAAGUAAUAAAAUCUUAUUUUUCUUUUGCCUUUACACAGUUUGUGUAACUUUGACGUAAGAAAAUUUGAAUCGGAUUCCACCAAUUUGGAUUGUAUUUAUGUUACAGUGAUAAAUCCAAAUCAUAAUAUAACUGAAUCUACAGUGGUAAAUUUCUGGAUCGUCAGUCUGAUGCAAAAUCUGCAUUUAAGUGAAUCUCCACAUCCCUAAAACAGGAGUUUAGCUUGUUACCAUUUUAUGACUGAAUAUACUCAACUUUAGACAGAAAUAAGUUUCCCAGUACGGUAUUUCUGUGUGAGUAAAUCAUAACUGCAUUUAGCUGCUAUCCACUUUUCGGAGUACAGAUUGUCAAUUACUGCAGUGGGAGGUUUUUAUUCCGGUAUUCUAUGGUUUGGCACAUUCCAUAAUCCGGCACCAAUCAGUCCGUUCAUGUUAUGUUUCGAGUGGAUUCCGGACGUUGAUCUUGGCAGUCAGGUCGCAUAGUUGUCUCCGAUUUUAUUGUUACUGUCAGUUUUCAUUUCAGUUUAUUGUUUCCUGUUUAGUAGCAGGUUAAAUUUCACAUUUCACAUCUUCAUGCUUGUUAUUCCCAUGAAAAAUUUAUUGACGUUCAAUAAUCCGACGAAAACGCUAAUUCAGCAUGGUCAUGUUCCCAACGUGCCCGAUUAAAGACCUUUCAGUGUUACUGUAGAUGGAAGUUUAUGCCUUUAAAGAUGAUGAAUUUUAAGAUGAUGGCCAUCUCUUUCAUAACACAAAUUUUCUUGUCUGUGUGAGAAACUGCUAGCUAAAAGAAUAGGCCUUGGUUAUUAUUGUGAGAUUAAGUUGUUUUUUUUGUAAAUUGUGUUUAUACAUUUUUUUUAAUUUUUGAAAUCAUGAUACCUGCUUUAUUCAUAAAAUUGUGUUUCAGAUACAUACUUAUGUAUUGGUUUUUCUGAAGUUUGUAUUUUGGAGAAAUAAUGAAAGCAUUAUUGUGUACAAAACUUUAAAAAAAGAGAGGUGUUAAUCACAGUGAACAAAUGUGAAAUAAUAGAAGAAAUAGAGAUAUCCAACUUCUGUAAAAUCUUUCUGACUGAUAAAACUCAGGGCAAUAAAGAAAAACUAGAAUCUUGACACAGGAAUUAAUAUUUUAAAAAAUGUUUCAUGUAUGGCAUUUUAUUGUUAUAUAAAUUGCUUUUAUUAGCAUAUUAGUUACAUUAUUUUGCUCAAAUUACAUAAUGGAGCUUACUUGUGUUGUAGUUGUGCUUACAGAGUUUAUUUAGCUUUGUACAUGUGUAGUUAGGUAUUACAAAUUAUACACCAGUAUUAGAAGAGGUUACAGAGAAUUUGUUUGUACAUGAAAUGUUAAAUGUGCAUGUUCACCUAACAUAACAGGGUUUCAUACUGUGUGUGCAGUAUUAUGACUUGUGUGGUUAGUGGCACAUGCCAAUUGUUAGGGUGAUCCAGUUAAAGAACUGCCAUGGUACUCUGUUUCUGAAUAGUUGCUUAUUGCUCAUCCUUUAGAGAGGAUGGGUGUGGUCUGAGGUUAUGAGGCUUUGUGCAGUUUCAGGCUGUUUUUAGUUAAUAACUCUUGUGUUUCAGAAUCGGAAUGUUGUAGAAUCACAUGCGGUUGGAAUGUAUUGUUUUGGCAUUUUAUAAUUUGAAACUUGUAUAACUCAAACUGUGAUGUAUUAUUUUGGAAAAGAGCUAGUCAAACAAAUAAUUAUUUAUUAGAAGGAAUUUUCAUUUCUUUGCAGUAAAUAUGCAAUUUUUGAGUUUAGGCCCAUCACACAUGGGCUGAUUUAAACCUGCUAUCAGAGAUGAAGGAUAUGCAAGGGUUAUGGUUUGUAUCGCCCACCGAUGAGUGCCUUGAUGUCUGCAGUUUGCAUUACAAUCAAAACAGAAGUCAAGUCUAACAGGCAUUUUGUUUAGCGAAAAGUUGUAUGUGAGCGCACACUUACAAUGUAUCAUUUGAUUUGCCAUCAGUUCCUUUCCUGCUAGCUCUGAAUUCAGCCACAUUUCUACCAAACAAAGCUUUGAUUUUCUUAUAUGAUGUCAAAAUUUGCCUCUAGCUGCCAACAUUUGAGUUGGAUGUCCUACAUCUGCAGAAAUGAAGACACUCUGUCAAAAGAAAGUCAAAAACUGAAAUUCUGAUUUGUAAGUACAGUACACUCCCGAUUAUCCGCGAAAUUAAAUAGCAGGGCCACCGCGGAUAUUGAAAAGCGCAGAUAAUCCGCAAAAGAGCCAAAAAUGGGAAACAAAAAAGGAAACUUAAACUUCAACCUAAAAAACCAAACAUUUAUGUUCAAUAAAAGUUACAAUUAACAGUAAAAAUUUUUUAAAUGAUGCUAAAAUUUUAAUAUUUUUCUGAAUAAUUAACAUACAUUUCAGUAAUGUAAACUUAAAAGUGCUCAACCAUAUGACUAUAAACAAAGUGCGACAGAGACAAAAUUAGCAACGCAUGCCAGCCUACUGUGUGAGUUCCGAGAAGGCCUGUGGCGUUUUACUGUAUACUGCACACAAUACACUCGUCAGUGGAGUUCAAUUUUGCUCACGUGUAAUAAAAUACAGAUUUACAUAUGUGCUGUAUUUUUUCGUAGCAUGUGCGGAUAGUCUGUACCGCGGAUCAUCCGCCCGCGGAUAAUAGGGAGUUUACUGUACCUAAGUAAAACUUUUGUUGUUAUGAUCAUGCAGUCUUUCAUAGAGAGAAGGAACACACUUUAAACUUGUAAAAUUGGGUGAACCCAGUUAUUGCAAGUUUUUCGUACCCUUUUAUUUCUCAAAUAACGGGUACAGUUGGUAUUGUCUCAGACUAAGCGUAGGGCAAUUUCAUUUUCAAAAAUUGACAAUCUCUUCAAGGCUGUUUUUUUUAUCCUGUGCAGAUUGGAGAAUGGUCACUCCUGCCUGAUCCGGUGCUGUAAAAAAAAUGAAAUAGAAAUGGAGCGUGUGCUGUAUCUAUCUGCUUCCUGCGAAAACGGACUCUUGAUCAGAGUCCAAUAUUUAGCAACCUAUGUGUGGCGGGUCUUAGGCUAUCUAUGAGUUUGCUCUUGUGUUUAAUAAAUGAUUUACAAACUAUAACCAAUUUUCAUUAUUGGCAUUUUGUUUGCUCUGAAAUUUAAAAAUCAUCAAUUGACUGCAGUGUUAAUUUUUUGCCUGUGUAGAAAGUGAAUACCUACACAUAAAUAAAGUUAUUAUGAUAAACCAUUGUAUACUUAAGUCAUAAACUUCCUUUAUUACUUAAAUACCAUAAUAUUUUUUUUAAUUCUUACAUAGAUGUAAAGUGUAUCUUGAUGUGUGUAAUAGAAGGGAAGAAAACAGUUACUUCUCUGAUGUUCUCCAAA